AUGGAAGUCCACCACGACGACGUUUCAAUGGAGAACGCAGUCGUUGAGCCCAUGCCUAGGAGAACCAAAGGCAGAGGAGGAAGAGGACGUCUCAGAUCACAAUCCAAAACCCUAGACCAUCCAAACAAUCCAUUUUUCCUCGAUGCGAAUGAGCCCCCUUCUCAAGGCUACGCUCCUCAACGUUCUAUUGAAGGAUGGAUUGUAUUGAUCACUGGAAUACAUGAAGAGGCACAGGAAGAUCAUAUUUUGAAUGCAUUUGGUGACUAUGGGGAAAUCAAGAAUUUGCAUAUGAAUCUUGACCGUCGCACUGGAUUUGCUAAGGGUAAUGCGCUGAUUGAAUAUGAGACAUUUGAGGAAGCUGAUGCAGCAAUAUCAGCAAUGAAUGGAGCUAAACUUUUUGGCCGGACCAUCCUUGUUAACUCGGCUUUCAUGACUGGUCCCUUUGGAAGUAAUUCAAGAAGAUCACCACAAUUGAACCGCUCCAGAAGUCCCAGGAUGAAAUACUGA